UCCCAAACUGCCAUAACCGAAUUGACAGCCCAUUUUUUCAUUUUCCCUUCCUUCCGUGGUCCAAUUUCUGCUCCAGCUGGUCCAAUCGUGCGUGCAGAGCAAUCUGUAAUGGGCGGUGGGGGAGGAGGCGGAGGAGGAGACGGGUGGGGGAGCUCGCCUCCGGCACCCGGCGGCGCUCCGCCGUACAUCCCGAGGGAAGACCAUUGGACGCACUUCGACAACUCCGUCAACGCCGUCUCUUUCGGGUUCGUUGCCACCGCCAUUCUCAUCUCGAUAGAAGUAUCAGUAGUGAUGCCUGGCAAUAAAGUCCCGACUUUUAUAGCAAAACAAGCUCCAGUGCCUUGUCCUCCCGAGCGUAUGCAUUGGCCUUCUCAUCAAUUACAAGAACAAACCCAAUGUAAUUUACACGAGUCACAUGUCUCUAGC